UUUCUGAGGUUAACAAAUGGUUUUAUUCUUCCUGAGCCGUCUGUACUUCCAGGAAUAAUCGCGAGUCACUGAGGAAGUGAGAACGCUGCUGUGUUUCCAACCAUGAGGGCAAUGGAGGAUCAGGUGGUGGAGGAAGAAGUUAGUUUCCAGGAUGACGAGGAAUCUUUCUUCCAAGACAUUGAUCUGUUACAGAAACAUGGCAUUAAUGUGGCUGACAUUAAGAAAAUGAAAUGUGUGGGAAUCUGCACGGUCAAGGGAAUUCAGAUGACAACUCGGAGGGCACUCUGUAACAUCAAAGGCCUUUCUGAGGCCAAAGUGGACAAAAUCAAGGAAGCUGCCAACAAACUUGUUGAGCCGGGAUUUCUUACUGCGUCUGAAUACAGCGAGAAAAGGAAAUCAGUGUUUCACAUCACGACUGGCAGCCAGGAGUUUGACAAACUGCUGGGUGGAGGGAUUGAAAGCAUGGCGAUAACGGAGGCGUUUGGAGAGUUCCGAACGGGAAAGACACAAAUGUCUCAUACUUUCUGCGUCACUGCUCAAAUCCCGGGUGCUAACGGCUACUACGGAGGAAAAGUUAUCUUCAUCGACACAGAGAAUACCUUCCGUCCAGACAGACUGAGAGGUAUUGCUGACCGGUUUAACUUGGAUCCAGAAGCAAUAUUGGACAAUGUGCUGUACGCCCGGGCCUAUACCAGUGAACAUCAGAUGGAGUUGCUGGAUUAUGUAGCUGCCAAAUUCCACGAAGAAGGAGGAAUCUUCAAACUCCUGAUCAUAGAUUCGAUCAUGGCUCUGUUUCGUGUGGAUUUUAGUGGCCGAGGCGAGCUUGCAGAACGUCAGCAGAAACUGGCUCAGAUGCUCUCUCGUCUGCAGAAAAUCUCAGAAGAAUACAACGUAGCUGUUUUUGUCUCCAAUCAGAUGACCGCAGAUCCAGGAGCAGCCAUGAGUUUCCAAGCUGAUCCGAAGAAACCAAUUGGGGGCCAUAUCCUCGCUCACGCCUCGACCACCAGGAUUAGUCUGCGGAAAGGCCGGGGUGAACUGCGCAUUGCAAAGAUCUACGACAGCCCAGAUCUGCCAGAGAACGAAGCCACAUUUGCCAUCACUGCAGGAGGCAUAGCUGAUGCCAAAGAGUGAGAUUUGUAUAGAUAAAAGAGGUGAAUGUAGGUGUUAUCAAUCAUUCCGAUUACUU